UUAAUUAUUAUUUUUAUUUCCAUGUUAGGACAUCCCUCAAACUGGUCUACUAAACUAUCCAAAUUACAUGCAUGGAUACUUUGGACUAGUGCCUGCAUGGUCACCAGCUUUCCUGCCAUAUCCAGAUGGCAACAAAAAUCCAAACAACAUUCAGCAAAACGUUGGUUACCCAUUUCAAUAUGGGAUGGGACCUCCGAUGCCAGUUAUCGCUACAAGCUCCACAACGAGCGCAAGAGUUAGUGAAGAAGAUAGACCCAAUUGUCUGGAAACUGAACCUCCAUGUUCUUCUGCUAGAGUUGAUGAAGAAAUUAUGUUGGAUAGACCAGAUGAAUGGGAAACUAACGAUGGUACUACCAAUUCACCACAGGUAGUGCCAUCGUUGGAUGGUGAUGAUAUCAUUGAGGAGCCAAAGUCGGGGAUGGAGUUCAAUUCGUUUGAAGAUUUGUUGAGCUAUUAUAAGCAGCAUGCUAAAAAAUGCGGGUUUGGGGUGAUGACACAAAUGAGUGAGAGGUCAGAGGAUCAUAGUGUCAGAUAUGUCACUAUUGGUUGUGCACGGGGAGGGAAGGCCCGGAAUAAGAGUUCCAAUGUCGCCAACCCACAUCAGACGGGAAAAACGGACUGUAAGACAAGAAUUAAUGCCUUAAGAGUCGAGAGAAAGAUAUGGAUAACAACUAUCCAUAAUACACAUAAUCACGGCCGCAGCUUAAUGAAAUCCCGUUUUUUUCAAUGUAAUAGAGAAGUGAGUGAGAUCGUUAAAAGAGUCCUAGACACAAACGACUUAGCUGGCAUCCGACUGAAUAAGAGUUAUGGUUCUCUUGUCGUUGAUGCAGGUGGCUUCAAGAACCUUCCAUUUUUGGAAAAUAAUUGUCACAAUUAUAUUGACAAAGCACGACAUCUCCGACUUGGCGCGGUGGUGCUGGAGCACUUCGGGAUUAUUUUAUGA